AAAAAAACAGUCGGCGUUGCACCAGCAGAUAUGUUUGCAGUCAUGUGCAGAAAGACUACUGUAACAUGAACAUCUUUUUUUCUCUUCCUUUAAUCAGUUCCUCAUCCAUGACUGCCUCAGUGACCCUUCAUUCCUACUUCCCCUUCUGUUCAUGCAAAGCAGAAGCACUAACACACCGAGGGCUUUAAAAGAGUGCUACAUACCUGGUGUUGGCUUUAGUCUUUGGCAUUAUCAGCAGCGGACACUGUCGGCACCAUGGAUCUGAAGGAUUCUCUGGUCAAGGGAGGCGUGCUGAUCCUCCACCAGUUCCAUGAAGGAAAGCACCAGUAUGAAGUGGAAAAUGUGGUGAAGUACAAAAAAGCCAGUGGAGAAAAAACAUUUGUCAGGAGAGGAGACAAACUGAUGCAGAUAAACGGCCUAGACCUGCAGGAUCUCACACCUAAUGAGUUGGCAGAAAUGUUAGCUAAGGGUAAUCCAAUGCUGACUGUGCACAAGGCUGGUAGGAUGAAGCCACACACUGAGCAACCCUGCCCAGCAGAGGAAACUUUACAUCCCGUCUCCAAGGAGUCCACUCUACUCAGUUUCAACAUGGAGAUGAGGAGGGAGGAAGACUUGGAGGAGAAUGAAGUGAGGCAGGACAACGGAGGAAGGGAGGAUCUGGGUAUAGAGGAGGAUGUUUGCAAAGCUGAAAAUGAGGAGAAUGGGGAGGGUAGUGGUCUUCUCAUUGUUUCCAUGACAAAAACCAGCAUCUCUGUGGUGAGAGGGAGAGGCUGCAAUGCUGGAAGCCCCUGUCAGGGAUGUCAUGGGACUGGAUGCACCUUUAACGAUGUGAUAGUGACAGCAGAAUCAAGCACAGUGACGCUUGUUCCAAGAGGAAGUUUCAAACAGGAAAAGCCGUCAAAUGUUUCAAUUGAAAACGUGGCCACACACAAAUACAUCCGAAGUCUCUGUUCUCAAAAGACCCUCUAUGCUUCACCAAAUCCAGAGAGGAUCACCAUCUACUCCUACAAGUCAAACGUUGUGGAAAGGUUUUUCAGAGGAAUGCCAGUGGUCCUAAACUUUACAGACUCCAACUGCUUCCUCAGGUGCUGUAAGGAAGGGGGGAUGGUGCUCCUAAAAGUGGAGACGUGUGAAAAGCAGAGGCUGAAGCAGAUCUCCAAGAGUGAUGAGAGCACCCUCUCCUUCGUCUUCUACAUGAAGGCUGACAGGUCAAAGCAGCGCAGGUUUGAAUCAGCACUGCAUCUCGGCUGGUUCAUCCAUAUCGCCAACACAGACUUAGUGGAAAUGGGAACGCUGGAUGGAAGGACGGAAGAGCAUUUCCUCUUUAUCAUUCAGAAGUGAUGGAGAAUCACUUUCUCCAGAAGUAUUCUCAGUUCUCAGUCAAGUCAGUUAAACAUUUAAAAUUUUGAAUUUUAUUUGGGACUUGAAGAUGAUAUUAAACAAAAGAAAAUACAUAAGAGAAGCUCUUUUGUUUGAGCCACCUGGUCCAGUGACAGGAACCGAUGUCGCUGUGUCAUAUUCUGCUAUUGCAGAAGCGCGUAGAUAUGUAUCAUAUGACUCUAUAUUUUUCACAUUAUGUUUUUUGUAUAUGUGUAUAUGUGGUUAAGACUUUUGAUGUCAUUUGUUGUUAAUCAGCUUAUUGUUUUUGUUUUUUACAAGCAUGAAUAUUAUGUGUUCGAGAUGUGACUUUAAUUAAAAAAUACACAUGUUCAAAGUAUAAAAAAACAAGGUGAUGUGAU